UAUAUAGCAGUUCCACUCAUAGUCUUAUAUUUUUUACCAAAAACAAAUCAACAUUAUACUGUACAUAUCAAAUAAGGAUCUCCCACUUAUAGAUGGAUUUGAAGAUUCAAGAUCAUGAGAAACUACUCCCUAUCAAAGUUGAAGUUGAAUCACUAGAAAAUGAUCAAGAUUCCAUCUCCAAGGAAGAAAAACACUAUAUAGGUGUCCGAAAAAGGCCAUGGGGAAAAUAUGCAGCUGAAAUCAGGGAUUCAACAAGGAAUGGAAGAAGGGUUUGGCUCGGAACUUUCGACACUGCUGAAGAAGCUGCUUUGACUUAUGACCAAGCCGCGUUUUGCACAAGAGGUCCUUCAACUUGCCUGAAUUUCCCUGUGGAAAAAGUGCGUGAAUCACUAACAAAAAUGGAAUGUAACAACCUUAAAGAUGGGUUGUUGCUAGCCCUAAAAGAGAAACACAAGAAGAGAGGUAGUACUUCAAGAAAAAAGAAACAAGUGAAUAUUAAAGAAGAAGAGAAUGUGUUAAUAUUUGAAGAUUUAGGUCCUGAUUUAUUAGAUGAACUCUUAUCUGAGUACACCUCUUGUUCAAAUUAGUCUACAAUUUUCCACAUCUGUAAGUAAAUCUUGUAUUUCUUUGUUCAUGGUUUAAUUCUAUAUAUUGUUCGAACUAUCCAAAAUGUUGCCACACUUGUACCGUCGGAUGCUCCAAGCACUGCUUUUGGAGGAUUCGACACGCAUCUGACGCAUUUUUAUAAGUCUGAGCAAAAUAGGUUUAAUUGACCAUUCUUUUUUAUUUAGUCCUUUUUUUCUGGUCAAUGUACUGUUUCCUUUUUUUAGUUAAUGCAAAGGAUUCAAAAUCCUAUAAUUCACAAACUUUGAUUGAAGCUCAGGUUGAAAAAAUGCCUUUGAAAGUAACUAGAUCGUGUUUGAAAAAAAAUUUCACUUGAAAAAAAAAAAAAUCUUAAUGUUCUGUAAGGGGAAAACCCUUAUUUUACCUGACAUACGAAUCAAACAAGUUUUCCAAUAUUUCACCAGUAUUUCAGAUAUUGAAUUUCAGUAUAUAUUUGCAAAUAAUAAUGUCCAAACCAUUAUUAAUUUCAUCAUUUGUGAAUAAUGAUGUCCAAAACCAUUAUUAAUUUCAUUAUUUGCGGGUAAUGAUGUCCAAACCCAUUAUU